UCCUACUAAAAUUUAACAUUUUAGCGUUUUGUUUUAAUUAAUUAAAUAAAAUUGAUAAAAGAACACUUUUGCUGAAAGUAAGAUUUUUUUGCAAGACAUUGUUCUCAAAUAUCCAGCUGUUAAUGAAUUGAAUUUAUUCCGAAGAACACAGUGGGUAAAGGUUAAAUUAUCAAGAUGUUUGCAACAAAAUCAUUGAGAGGAGCAGUGAUGUUUCCUAAAAAUAGAUUGAUGCGGAUGAAAGACCUACAGAAACGUUACACAGCAAAUAGAUAUUUCAAGACAUUGACACAAGAGCAGCCAGUUACCACAUUGUUAAAGAGACAAUAUUCCAUUCCCAAGUCUAAACAAGCGUUGAAUGUUUGUUCUUGGUGUAAACACAAUCAUGGGCAGUUUAUCCCACAGAUGUUGAGAAAUACAAGGAAUCAUCUCCUUCUAUCAAGCAGUAUAAAAGAUAAUGCAUUAUCAAAAAAUUCUUUGAAUAGACUUUACCGAAGUAUGCAAAUGAUGGGCUAUCACGCAAGAGGUUAUGCAACACAGGCAGACAUAACAACAAAAGUAUCAGUGUCAAAGCCAAUACCAUCAAGACGUGUUGCUAGGAAGAAACAGACUGUUGAUGAUGGUUUUCAUCAUAUGAAUGUAAUGUGUUAUGCAGUGGGGGAUGAACUGAACUUGACGGCUCUGAGGAAUGAGAUAAUUUCGGGAGGAGUGUAUGAUAUUGUACACCUUCCUAGAGAUAUAAUAGAAGGGAUAAUGAUAACAGCUAAAUACCAGGUCAACGGCCAACCAAGAGAAGCUUUCUUCUUCAGGGAUGGCGGUGUUGCACUUUGGCACAUGUCAGAAUCUGAGGUAAGCCAUAUGGUUAAGCUUAUAUGAUGAAUAUUUUAGGUAACA